AUAUAUAAAGUAAGCUGCAUUGCCAUGGGUUCAGUCCGAGAGCAACGAGCUGGUGAGCAAUGCGUGGAGCAGACUUUUAGCCAGUUUACAUCAUCUUCAUCAUGAAGAUAACCACAGUGCUGGUACUUCUGAGCCUGGCUCUCUGCCUCAUACAAGAUGCUGCCAGUAUGAAUGAAGAUCAGAGUUCCUGCAGUGAAUUUCGGGUAUUGAUGAAAAAUGGGAAGGUUUUCUGUUCCCAAGAUAAAAAACUUCUUCAAAGCCCUGAUGGAAUAAUAUUCCUCAACAAAUGCGCCACAUGCAAAAUGAUACUAGAAAAAGAAGCCAAAACCCAGAAAAGGGCCACGCAUUUAGCAAGAGCCACUGGGGCCACUGACCCCACAAAGUUGAAUUGCGAAGAUUUCAGGACAGGUGAAAGAGAUGGGGAUUUUAUCUGUAACUUUGAUAAUGCAGCUGUGUGUGGCACAGAUGGGAAAACUUACAGCAACAGAUGUGCCCUGUGUGCUGAGAACGUUAAAACCAGGUCCCAAGUUGGCAUAAAAAACGAAGGGGAGUGUGAAAGCAGUACUCCAGAGCAGGAUUUGUGCAGUGCUUUUCGGCCUUAUGUGAGGGAUGGAAGACUUGGAUGCACGAGGGAAAAUGAUCCAGUUCGUGGCCCUGAUGGAAGGACGCAUGGCAAUAAGUGUGCGAUGUGUGCUGAGCUGUUCUUAAAAGAAGCUGAAGAAAAUAGAAAGCGACAAGAUGAAACCAGAAUUCGACGAAGUGCUGAAAAGGAUUUUUGCAAAGAAUAUGAAAACCAAGCGAAGAAUGGAAGGCUUUUUUGUACCCGAGAGAGUGACCCAGUCCGUGGGCCUGAUGGCAGGAUGCAUGGCAACAAAUGUGCCCUGUGUGCUGAUAUUUUAAAACGGCGCUUUUCAGAAGAAAAAUAUAAAGCAGCUGAAAACCUGAGAAAAGCUGAAGAAAAAGUUAAAGUUAAAAGAGAAAUUGAGAAACUCUGCAAUGAAUAUAAGGGUCAUGCAAAGAAUGGAAUACUUUUCUGUACCAGAGAAAAUGACCCUGUUCGUGGUCCAGAUGGGAAAAUGCAUGGCAACUUGUGUUCCAUGUGUCAAGCCUUCUACCAAGCAGAAGCAAAAGCAAAGAAAAAGGCAGAAGCAAGGAAUAAGAGAGAACCUGGAGAAGCAUCUUUAUUUGCAGAGUUGUGCAGUGAAUACCGCAAGUAUGUGAGGAAUGGCAAACUGCCUUGCACCAGAGAGAACGACCCCAUCCAGGGCCCAGAUGGGAAAAUGCAUGGCAACACCUGCUCUAUGUGUGAGGUCUUCUUCCAAGCAGAAGAAAAGAAAAAGAAGGAAGCAGCUUCCUUUGAGGAAUUGUGCAGUGAAUACCGCAAGUAUGUGAGGAAUGGCAAACUGCCUUGCACCAGAGAGAACGACCCCAUCCAGGGCCCAGAUGGGAAAAUGCAUGGCAACACCUGCUCUAUGUGUGAGGUCUUCUUCCAAGCAGAAGAAAAGAAAAAGAAGGAAGCAGCUUCCUUUGAGGAGUUGUGCAGUGAAUACCGCAAGUAUGUGAGGAAUGGCAAACUGCCUUGCACCAGAGAGAACGACCCCAUCCAGGGCCCAGAUGGGAAAAUGCAUGGCAACACCUGCUCUAUGUGUGAGGUCUUCUUCCAAGCAGAAGAAGAAAAGAAAAAGAAGGAAGCUGAAUCAAGAAAUAAAAGACAAUCUGAGACAGCUUCCUUUGAGGAGUUGUGCAGUGAAUACCGCAAGUAUGUGAGGAAUGGCAAACUGCCUUGCACCAGAGAGAACGACCCCAUCCAGGGCCCAGACGGGAAAAUGCAUGGCAAUACCUGUUCCAUGUGCGAGGUCUUCUUUCAACAAGAAGAAAGAGCAAGAGCAAAGGCUAAAAGAGAAGCUGCAAAGGAGCUCUGCAGUGAGUUCCGGAGCCAAGUGAGGAAUGGAAUGCUCAUCUGCACCAGGGAGAAUGACCCUGUCCGUGGCCCAGAUGGCAAAAUGCAUGGAAACAAGUGUGCUAUGUGUGCAACUGUGUUUGAGCUUGAAGAAGAAGAGAAGAAAAAUAAUGGUACUGAAGAAAAGGCGAAAGUUGAAGCUGAGAAAUUUAAGAGAGAAACAGUAAAGGAGCUGUGCAGAGAAUACCGUAACUAUGUGAGGAACGGACGACUUCCCUGCACUAGAGAGAAUGACCCCAUUGAGGGCCUGGAUGGGAAAAUCCAUGGCAACACCUGUUCCAUGUGUGAGGCCUUCUUCCAACAAGAAGCAAAAGAAAAAGAAGCUGAAUUAAGAACAAAAGUUAAGAGAGAAGCCGAAAAGGAUACAUGCGGUGAAUUUCGGAGCCUAAUGCAAAAUGGAAAUCUCUUUUGCACACGAGAAAAUGAUCCCGUGCGUGGUCCAGAUGGCAAGACCCAUGGCAAUAAGUGUGCCAUGUGUAAAUCAGUCUUCCAGAAAGAAAAUGAAGAAAGAAUGAGAAAAGAAGCAGAAAAGCAAAGAACUGCUUCAGAGCAUGGUUCCAGUGGUAGUGGUGGUGGUGGUGGUGGAGGAAAAGCUCAGGACCAAUGUGCUGAGUUUCGUGAUAAUAUGAAAAAUGGAAAACUCAGCUGUACCAGAGAGAGUGAUCCCGUACGUGAUGCUAAUGGCAAAACAUACAACAAUAAGUGUUCCAUGUGUAAAGAGAUUCUGGAAAAACAAUCAGGUGGAAAAAAUACGUAUUCUGGCUAUAAAGCAAAUGGGACUGAAUCAGCAUCAGGAAAGGAUCCCUGUGAUGAAUUUAGAGGCCAAAUGAAAAAUGGACAACUUAUCUGCACCCGAGAAAGUGAUCCUGUCCGUGAUUCAAAUGGCAAGACACAUGGCAAUAAGUGUGCAAUGUGUAAGGAAAAACUGGAAAAGGAAGCAGCUGAAAGUAAAAAGAAAGAAGACAAUGACAGGCAAAACACAACAGAAAGGAGCAAUGAAAAACAGGACCAGUGCCAUGAAUUCCGGAGCAUGGUGAGGGACGGAAAGCUCAUCUGCACCAGAGAAAACGACCCGGUCCGAGGUCCAUACGGGAAGAUGCACGUCAACAAGUGUGCCAUGUGCCAGAGCAUCUUUGACCGAGAAGCUAGUGACAGAAAAAAGAAUGAUGAAGAAAAAUCACACAACCAACCUUCAAAUGAUAAAAAGGACCAGUGCAAAGAGGUUCCGAAAGGAACAGAGAAUGGGAAGUCUGGGCAUUCCUUGGCCUCCAUUGCCAGGAUAAGUGCAGACGAGUGUGCUAACUUCCGGGCGUACCUAAGGAAUGACGAGCUCCUGUGCACUCGGGAGAAUGACCCUGUGCAUGGUGCUGAUGGGAGGCUGUAUAAGAACAAGUGCUACAUGUGCAGAACUGUCUUUCAAAAAGAAGCUUUGGAAAGGGCAAGACUUCAAGAAAAGCCAUCCCAACCAAGAUCUUCCAGUGAGGAAGACAGCUCAGAUUCCCCCAAAUCUUCUCUGGAUUCUGAGAUGUGCAAACACUAUAGAGUAUUGCCCAAGAUGGGUUACCUGUGCCCAAAGAAUUUACAGCCUGUCUGUGGUGAUGAUGGCCAGACAUACAACAACCCAUGCAUGCUCUGCCAUGAAAACCUAAUACGCCAGAGUAAUACACACAUACGCAGCGAAGGGCCAUGUGAGCAGAAUAGCAUCCCAGAAACAACACCUCUCAGCGUGCCAGCAUCUGGGGAAGUUGCCAUAGGAACAUAUGAUAAGAUAUAUUUAUUCAAAUAAUGAAGAAUCUUGCCAGGCUAAGCUCAAAACAUUUGCAAAGGAGUUCCUUCCGUUUAUUUUUGAGUGUAUUUCUUUCCACCAGAGGUGUAUAUCAGGCAUAAUUAAUGACAGGAAUUAUUUAUGAAGUUAGCUGAUGGAUCAAGUCAUUAGAACAAAAGGUGUCCUGGGUGUGAUUUCAGUUCCCUCUAUGAUUCAGUGCUGUGAUUUUGGAAUAACCAAGGUGAUACGGGUGGGACUUGGCUAAGCAUUGCUCUGGUAACUACUCUGGACUCAUAUCCAAGAGGUUGGAACCUAUUGCCUGACCAUUGUUCCUGGGUAGAAGAUAAUCUAAGAGAGCCUGGACUCCCAAGAAUGGAAUAAAAGGCUUUUCUGGAAAAAUAGAUUGAGGGUCCUGGAACCUAUACUUUUGCUUACUCUCUAAGAAGGACUUUCUGUUAUACAGUAACUGCUAAGAUGAAU